AUGCACCCCCUGCAGACAUGGAGGCAAAGGUGGAGGAAGCUGCAUGGACGCAGGCUCGACCACGAGGAGAGGACCCGCAAGAAGCUCGCGCGUGAGGGCCACAAGCAGAGCAAGGAUGCGCAGAACCUGCGUGGCCUCAAGGCCAAGCUGAGGGCCGAAGACAGGCGCAAGGAGAAGAUCCAGAUGCGCAAGAAGAUCAAGGCCCACGAGGAGCGCGAUGUCAAGACGACCAACGACGAGGAGCCCAGCGAGCCCAUGCCCGCGUACCUGCUCGACCGCAAGAACCCCAACAUGGCCAAGGCUAUCUCUUCGCAGAUCAAGAACAAGCGUGCCGAGAAGAGCGCGAGGUUUGCCGUGCCGUUACCGAAGGUGCGCGGUAUUGCUGAGGAGGAGAUGUUCAAGGUUGUGUCCACCGGCAAGAAGACGCACCAGAAGUCGUGGAAGCGCAUGAUCACCAAGCCUACGUUUGUCGGUGAGAACUUCACGCGUCGCGACCCCAAGCACGAGCGGUUCAUCCGGCCGAUGGGUCUCCGUUACAAGAAGGCCCACGUCACGCACCGCGAGCUUGGCGUUACGGCUCUCCUGCCCAUCAUCUCCGUCAAGAAAAACCCCAACAGCCCGAUGUACACCAACCUUGGUGUGCUGACCAAGGGUACGAUUAUCGAGAUCAACGUCAGCGAGCUCGGCAUGACGACGGCCGGCGGCAAGGUCGUCUGGGGCCGCUACGCGCAGGUCAUGAACACGCCCGAGAACGACGGCUGCGUCAACGCGGUGCUCCUCACUUGAGCUGUCGCGUCGCGGGGCGUGGUGCGGCGAAGCAGGCAUUGGACACAAGCAGGGCAAAUUGAACAGGUGGACGCAGACGGCUACGUGGGGCGCAUUCGCUGGCGUUUUUGGAGUUUUGGAGGUCUCGAGUACAACUACGGGGGCCCGUCCUGCUGAACGAUAGACAACAGGAGAGGGACAUUUGAGCACUCCUGCGA